GGCGCCAAAAGAGUAUUAGCGCAGAUCCAUCAGUUGCUUGAAAAUUGUUCCUUUCAUAUUCAACUGGAAAUUGACAAUUAGUCCUCCUGCCCAUAGCAACUGGAAUUGAGAUUCUCUCUCUAAUCGAUGGGGAAGUACGUGAAACAUGCUAGACGUGUUUAUCUGCUGUUAGUGGCAGUGACGACUCUAGUUUUAUCAAUUACGACGGCGGAGCGGGUAAACAAUUCUGAUACGGGAGGGCUUUAUUGGUCCACAGCUAAAGAUGAUGGAAACUUUUCUGGGAAGCCUGAAGGUGAAGAAUCUACGGCUACAUUGAAUGAAUUGGAUGAAUAUGACGGCGGUUUCUCUUCUCUCGAUGGGAUGCUUCAGUGGGCAAUAGGUCAUUCUGACCCUGCGAAGUUGAAGGAGAAGGCAGAGGAUGUCCAAAAUCAAUCACCUGAUGAGCUGAAGAGACGUCAAAUGGAAAUAAAGGACCUUGUUGAGAAACUAAGAACUCCAUCGGAUGCACAAUUGAUGCGAACUGCAAUUGACGACCUGAACAAUUCAUCUCUACCUAUAGAUGAUCAUUAUCGUGCAUUGCAAGAGUUGUUGAUUCUUGUUGAGCCAAUAGAUAAUGCAAAUGAUUUGCACAAACUUGGUGGGCUUUCAGUAACUAUAAAGUUUCUAAGUAAUUCAAAUACUGAAUUAAGGACAAUGUCUGCAUGGAUUCUUGGUAAAGCCAGCCAAAACAAUCCUGUUAUUCAGAAGCAGAUCCUGGAACUUGGAGGGCUGAUAAAGUUGAUGGAGAUGGUAAAAUCCAGUCUUCCUGAAGAAGCCAUAAAAGCUCUAUAUGCUGUUUCAGCUUUAAUAAGAAAUAAUGAACUUGGGCGAGAGUCAUUCUAUGCAGAAGCUGGAGUCUCAUUACUUCAGGACAUAUUAGGAAAUUCAAGCAUUGAUAUUAGACUCCGAAGGAAAUCAGUGUUUCUUGUGGCUGAUCUUGUUGAAUCUCAGAUAGAAUCUGAAAACAAAGUCGAGUUGCCUUUCUUUAGUAACCAUUCCUUCUUGAAGUCUGUUGUGGAUCUGAUGUCAUCAAACGAUUUGGAUCUCCAAGAGAAGGCCCUCGUUGCUAUUAAGAAUCUUCUACGUCUGAGUACAACAGAAGCUCUAGUUUUAAAGGAUUUGUGUGGAUUGGAUGAUGCAUUGAAGCGAAUGAAGGAAGAGUUGCAGCAAUUAAUGUCGGAUGAGAUUAUAAGCGAUUAUGCUGAGGAUAUUGAAAGACUUCGCACAGAAGUGGAGAUAAUUUUCCAUCAAAAGUUGGUGAAGGUGAGAAAAUGUUAAAUUUAUCUUGUUUUUUUGAUUAAUUAUCAUAGAAAUUACAUUUUCAGUUCCAUGAAUCAAUAAGCAAGUAAAUUGGGGAAAGCUUUGAAAUGACAGGUAACAUAGAUAGCAAGUAGUUGAUGAUCCCAAAUUUCCUGGCUGAUUUAUUGGAAGAGUGCCUUAAGUUAGACAAGUUUACUUGAUUCUUUAUCAACUGAGAAGCCCUUUAAAGAGGCAACAUGAAUCUUGGUUGUUGUAUAAUUAAUAUUUUAGCUGAAGAGAGGGGAGGACCAGAAGCCUUUUUCAUUGAAAUGAUGAUUCUAAAUGUUUUAUUUUC